UCCUUCUGUGUGGUUUUCCCGUCGCCUGUGCUGGUGAUGGAGAGAGCUACGCGUGUUUGUCGGAUGGAGGGGUGCGAGGAGGCCGAAUCGGCCCCUCCCCCUCCACCUUCCCCCUCCCGACCCUCCCACCUCUGUUUUGCCCCUCCUCCCGCCCGCCACAGCAGCCGGAGAGGCCCUCAUCUUGCUUUGCUCAAUGGAGUGUGCGUGAUGGUCGUGUUGACGCUUCUGUUUGCCGGCGGUGGUCUGGCGCAGCGGUUAGAUGGCGUGGUUGACCCUGGAGGUGGCGGCGAGACCGUCUAUGUGCGUCAGGAGGACGGUGUGGACGGCCUGUGUGACGUCUACACGUACCGUGUCAAGGAGAUCAGGACGGCUGGGUACAAGAACGACGGCAAGGCCAAGCGGAUGCUGCAAGACGCGAGCGAUCUGGUGAGCACUGAGCACACACACGAGCAGAGGGGCGGGGGGAGAGGGCUGGGGACACACACACAAGCUGUGACAGAGAGGGAGAGGAGGGAAACUUUCGGUCGGUUCGUGAGAUUAUGUGUCUGUGUGUGUGUGUGUCAGGUUCGUCCCAUAAUGUGCAAGCGGCGGUGGCAGGUGGAGCUGAUGCGAGAGUUCAAACCCGACGUGAAGGAGCUGCUCGGCCUCAACAUCAACCGCGGACAGGAAGUCAAGGUGCGCCAUCCAUCGACCUCACACAGACAGACAGACAGACAGUCAGCAGACCUCUCAUCACACCACACGUCUGUCUGUCUGCUCAUGUGGUGUGUGUGGCAAUCGAUCAGAUCCGCGUUCGCUACAACAACGAUGAUUUCGUGCCGUACGAGCAGGUGAUCGGCACGGUGCUGCACGAGCUGGUGCACAACUCCAUCAAGGGCCACAACAGCUCAUUCUGGGACCUUUACGAAGAAGUCGAGGCGGUGAGCUGAGCUGAGCUGAGCUGACAGACAAGCACCUUGACGGACGGAACCAUGAGCAUGAUGCGAACAUGUUUGCUGUGUGUGAUGUGGUGUGUCGACUGGUGUGUGUCACAGGAGUGCCGGAAGCUCCGUGGCGGGAAGCCGUGUGAGAAUGAGUGCCUGCUGACCGACGGCGACUCCAACUCCAUCGAGGAGAUCUGGACACGCAUGACCAGAUGCCCCGAUGGUUUCUUCACACGUAAGCCCUCCCCUCCUUGUCCCUCCCCCUCCCCCUACCCCACCAACCAAGUGUGUCGCGUGACGUGAUAUAUGUGCGUUUCAGAGCCCGUUAUCAUCGGCAUUGUCUGUGCGGGCAUCUUUGUCCUGCUCACCACCACCUGCUGCUGCUGGGGCGUCAGGCGGCGGCGCAUCAAACGGCGCCGGGAGCUGCAGCGGCUGCAGCAGGCCGCCAACUCGUCUAGUCGCGGCAGCCGGCGGUCCAGCCGGCGGUCGAGCUUGCAGAGCGACACGGAGGGCAUAUCGCUGCAGCUGGACGAGAGGGAGCAGAUCAGGAUCAUGGUGGAGAACCAAAGGCGGGAGGAGGAAGAGCUACGGAUCGCUCUCGCCGCGUCGCUUUCGGUACGGAGGGACACAGAACUGACACACACGACACGGAUGGUCACGUGUUUGUGUGUGUGGCUGCAUCGAUUGCAGGAGGCUGAGCUGCAGGAAGCCGCCCGCAGCAGCAGCCAGACCCCAGCUGUCGUCACGGGGUAUCCCCUGCCGCCCCCCUACGCCCCCCAGACGCACUCACAGACCUCCGUGGCCCCCCCACCGGCGCCAGUGCCCGCAGUUUGGGAGGACACGCGAGCGACAGAGACAGUGAGGUUGCCGCCCCCCCGGCCGCGUGAGGCCGACCAGGCCUCUGAGGACGAUGAGGAGCUGCAGCUGGCUUUGCGCAUCAGCGCCAUGGAGCAUGAGAUGAGGCAACAGCACAUGCAGCAACACCAGCAGGGGCGGGGGAAUGGCAACAGGAUAUAAACCAUGACAGCUGCCGGGGUGCAUCUAUAGUUAGUUGAUUUGAUUUGCUUUGUGUCGUGGGUGUGGGUGUGGGUGCGGCGUCGACCGAUCGAUGCUCUCUCUUGUCGCUCCCCUUGCUUGUUUUCUUUCUUUACUUUUUGCUCCUUUCCUUUCUCUCUUUGGUUCCUGGGUGUUACCCAAGUGACGUGACGUACGUGACAUAUGGAUGCACGCCAUGGCGAGCGUGCUGCAUGUGUGCGUGGGUGUGUGCGUGGGUGUGUGCGUGGGUGUGGGUGUGGGUGUGGGUGUGGGUGAUUGAUUGACUGACUGAGAAUGAUGCCUUGCCUUGCCUUGACCGAGUCCUUUUUUGAGCUCGCCGGCCCCCCACUCGCGCCAGGCCAAUGGAGGCCAGGGGGCUUUUGUAUCGUAUCGAUAUAUUAUGUACAGGUAGCCAUCCCAUCCAUGGCUGGCAUGGGCCGAUCGCGUCAGCGAGCGACUGAGUGCAAGUAUCGCUGCUGCUGCUGCUGCUGUAAACCGACCUUAUGUGUUGAUACAAACUCUCCAGUGCUGCUGUUACGGUGCACCAGACACACACGCGCCCUGCCCGGUGCACGCGCCAUUUUCCUCUCUCUCUCUACGUCUCUCUGCAUGCUACCUGGUGUGGGUGCUGGUGUUAUGGAUGCUUUUGAUGGAUGGAUGGGUGGAAUUCACUGCAUGAGCCUCCUCGCCAUUUCUCCUUUUCCAGUAAUAGAUGUGUGUUUGGGGGUGUGCGACAGCUGCUGGUGGUGAUGGCUUUGCUUUCGUCAAGGGGGAGGGGAGGGGAGGGUGCGUGCGGCUUGCUAUUUAUCGGUGUGUCGAUGGUGACCGCUGACUGACUGAUGGAUGUGAUGGCUUUUGUGGACAGACACCGGCGUGACUUCCUUCAUGUCGUGUGAUGAUGUGGUGUUGCAUGUUUGGUCAAUGACCAACCAAUGCGAGAAGAGAAUUAUUGAAGUGUGUGGGUGCGGAUGGAUGCAAAUGUCCUCAGACAGGUC